AUGAGGACUCCUUCCAAGCUUCGGAAGGGAGCCUUCCGAAGGGAAGAUGUGACGUCAUCAUGCCUUCCGAAGGGAAGGUGUGACGUCAUCACGUGUCGCGAGGACUCCUUCCAAGCUUCCUUCCGAAGGGAAGGUGUGACGUCAUCAUGCCUUCCGAAGGGAAGGUGUGACGUCAUCAUGCCUUCCGAAGGAAGGUGUGACGUGACCAUGAGGACUCCUUCCAAGCUUCGGAAGGGAGCCUUCCGAAGGGAAGGUGUGACGUCAUCAUGCCUUCCGAAGGGAAGGUGUGACGUCACCACGUGUCGUGAGGACUCCUUCCAAGCUUCGGAAGGGAGCCUUCCGAAGGGAAGAUGUGACGUCAUCAUGCCUUCCGAAGGGAAGGUGUGA